GACCAAGCAAAAGGACCAAGUGCUUCACGGGAACGAAAACUAUUACCUCGAGCACACCAAGUGCAGCCGACUGUGUGACCGCGGUAGUAAUUGCGCUGUGCGGGCAGCGAGCUCAUUAGUGGUCGGAUUGUAAGAUUGUAAGACCGGACCGUGGCAAUGGAGCUCUGCAAACGUUACCUGUGGCUAACAGCAUUACAACUGUUAUGGGCUUUGUGUUUAGCCGAAUGCUAUCCGGAUAAUGGCAACUUCUACAAAGAUUUGCAAAGAAUUAAAAACGAAGACGAUUUCGAACGAAUGAAUGCAGACGAUCCAUUUGGGACUCUCAAGCUCCUGUACUACAGAACGCAACCCUCGGCCUUUGCGGACCUCGGGAUUGGCGAGCCAAACGAAAAACGGACAGUAAACAAGUACAAAAAUAUGAUGUUGACCAAGGACAGUCUCGACAUUCCGCUAAUGGAUGACGUCGAGCAGGCAAAGGAAGCCACCAGGUUCUUCUUUCCCAGAGUCAUGCCGAAGCGGUCCCCUGGAGCCAUCCUGAGUUGGGCCAUUCCGGCCGCUAAUCGCGUGCGCGUCAUCAGCACUAACUACCGACCACCUGGUAUCAACCGGCCAGCAGCCUAGACGCUCGGUUUAGUUCUCCUCAUCAUUUCAAGGACCAUUAUUUCUGUAAUCACAUAAGUAUGUUGAGGACGUUACGUCUCAACUAAUAUAAGCAUCAGCGCUGGCUUCAUACUGCGGUCAAACGAUUCGUACCAUCAAUAACAUCAAUAUGGAUUAAUGUCCUCAAGUUGU